GUCCCCGUCACCCUCUGCCUCUUCUGCUCCUCAGAGUCAACAGCUGCUGCAGCACGAGCCAUACCCUUGGUCCCCCUAACUAGCACCUUCCCCUCCCCCCAGAGCCUGCUGGUAGCCCCUCCUCCCUUCACCUGCCCAAAGGUCACGGGACAGGGCGAUGCCAGGAGGCUGGUGAAGGCUUUCCUCUCCUGCUCCACAAUGCCUGACAGUACCAAGUAUGAGGCGGCCUCUCAGCAUGAAGCGGAUGCCUCCUCUUUGGGCGACGGGGCCAGCCCAGGGCCUGAGCAGGUAAUGCUGAAGAAGGAGAUCUCACUACUCAACGGAGUGUGCCUGAUUGUGGGGAACAUGAUCGGCUCGGGCAUCUUUGUCUCUCCCAAGGGCGUGCUCAUGUACAGUGCCUCCUUUGGCCUCUCCCUGGUCAUCUGGGCUGUCGGGGGUCUCUUCUCCGUCUUUGGGGCCCUUUGUUAUGCGGAACUGGGCACCACCAUUAAGAAGUCUGGGGCCAGCUAUGCCUACAUCCUGGAGGCCUUCGGGGGAUUCCUUGCCUUCAUCAGACUCUGGACUUCCCUGCUCAUCAUUGAGCCUACCAGCCAGGCCAUCAUUGCCAUCACCUUUGCCAACUACAUGGUGCAGCCUGUCUUCCCGAGCUGCUUUGCUCCCUAUGCUGCCGGUCGCCUGCUGGCCGCUGCCUGCAUCUGUCUCUUAACCUUCAUUAACUGUGCCUAUGUCAAGUGGGGAACCCGGGUGCAAGACAUUUUCACCUAUGCUAAAGUAUUGGCACUGAUUGCAGUCAUCAUUGCAGGCAUCGUUAGACUUGGCCAGGGAGCCUCGACUCAUUUUGAGAAUUCCUUUGAGGGUUCAUCAUUUGCAAUGGGUGACAUUGCCUUGGCACUGUACUCGGCUCUGUUCUCCUACUCAGGCUGGGACACUCUCAACUAUGUCACUGAAGAGAUAAAGAAUCCUGAGAGGAACUUGCCCCUCUCCAUUGGCAUCUCCAUGCCCAUUGUCACUAUCAUCUACAUCUUGACCAAUGUGGCCUAUUACACCGUGCUAGACAUGAGGGACAUCUUGGCCAGUGAUGCUGUUGCUGUGACUUUUGCAGACCAGAUUUUUGGAAUAUUCAACUGGAUAAUUCCACUGGCAGUUGCACUGUCCUGCUUUGGUGGCCUCAAUGCCUCCAUUGUGGCUGCUUCUAGGCUUUUCUUUGUGGGCUCAAGAGAAGGCCAUCUUCCUGAUGCUAUCUGCAUGAUCCAUGUUGAGCGGUUCACGCCAGUGCCUUCUCUGCUCUUCAACGGUAUUAUGGCACUGAUCUACCUGUGUGUGGAAGACAUAUUCCAGCUUAUUAACUACUACAGCUUCAGCUACUGGUUCUUUGUGGGGCUCUCCAUUGUGGGUCAACUUUACCUGCGCUGGAAAGAGCCUGACAGACCCCGUCCCCUCAAGCUAAGCAUUUUCUUCCCGAUUGUCUUCUGCCUCUGCACCAUCUUCCUGGUGGCUGUUCCACUUUACAGUGAUACCAUCAAUUCCCUCAUCGGCAUCGGCAUCGCCCUCUCAGGCUUGCCCUUUUACUUCCUCAUCAUCAGAGUGCCAGAACACAAACGACCUCUUGGCCUCCGAAAGAUUGUGGCAUCUGCCACAUGGUACCUCCAGGUCCUGUGUAUGUCAGUUGCUGCAGAAAUGGAUCUGGGAGAUGGAGGAGAGAUACCCAAGCAACAAGAUCCCAAGUCUAACUAAAUAUCAUCUGGAAUCUCGAGAUGUGGAAAGCAGAGGUUUCUUGUCUCGUACUGGCUGGAGCCAAGGAAGGUGAAAAGGAAAGCUCACUUCUUUGGAGGCACUGAUCCAGAAGCCUGGUCUAGGCAGCUUUAACCUUUGAACUUGCUUUUGAGAGAUGAAAAGUAAUUUAUUUGUUUUGCUACAUGUCCCAGACUUUUCAAAGAGGAUUAUAAUGCAGACUAUGGUGCAGAGCAUGUCAGGUGUGGGCUUGGUUGUUCUAGGAGCACCUCUGGGUGUGCCUACCCACUCCUUUUUCUUUAAAAGGGUCCAUAGUGCUCCAAACUUCCCAUCUCAUUUAGAGAUAUAAACUGUCACAGGUGCUGGAUAAUAAAAGGGUUAUGUUCCUAA